AUGAAUGAACGCCUAAAUAAAAGAUUUGAAAGUGAUAAGAGAAAACGGGAUAUUUGGAGAUUGAAUACCUCUAGAGGGAUUUCACCUCUUAAAACCAUUUCGCGAGACUUCACUAAUAGGCCUGGGGCUGGUCAUAAACUGAUGGCUGUGAAGAUGGCAUCGGCACACAGUGCACGUGGGUUUGGAGGUUCAAAUAACUAUAUUGGUGGGAAUUAUGGGAUGACUUCACAAUAUAUUGGCUUUCGACCUAAAACUAACUCUUCUCCUGGUUGCUUCAAAAAUGAUUACUCAAAUCAUUACAUUCAUUCUGGAAUACUACCAGUCCGCUAUAUAAGAAAUGCAAAGCAGCAAGUUGAAGGCUAUCCCAAACUUCAAAGACUAUGUCGAUUAAAAGAGCAGCAAAUUCGAAAAUAUGCUACUGUUCCUUUCGGAGCACGGGUAAAGACAGAAAAUAUGGUUAAAACAUUGAACUCAUGGGUUCAUAACUACCAUCUUCAGUUUGAUGUAAUUAUGAUAGGUGCCCUUUCUGAGAAUCAAUUAUUGUAUCCAAUUUUAUCACAGCUUCCAAUAGAUAAGCUUGCGGCAAAGCCAGGAUUUUUAUUUAUAUGGGCCUCUACACAAAAGAUAUCCGAGCUUUCGAGGUUACUCAAUGAUCCCAAUUCAUGGGCUAAACGCUUCAGAAGAUCAGAAGAAUUAAUCUUUGUUCCUGUUGAUAAAAAUUCUCCAUACUAUCCAACAGAGGCAAAUAUACCGGAAAAGCAAAUUUUAGAAGAACUGCAAUGGCAUUGUUGGAUGUGCAUAACGGGUACCGUCAGAAGAUCUACAGAUAAAGAAUUAAUACAUUGCAACAUUAAUACCGAUUUUGCUGUUGAAAAUCAGAGUACAGGAAACUCGGCUGUGCCAAAUCAGAUAUAUGAAGUGGCCGAAAACUUUUCUAACUCGACAAGAAGAUUGCAUAUUAUUCCAACAUCGACAGGUCUGGAUCACCCAGUUAAAAUGAGACCCGGUUGGGUAAUUAUUAGUCCUGACGUCAUUCUUGACAAUUUCAAUCCUGAAAGAUAUGGAAAGGAGUUAGGAGCAGUUGGACAGAGGAUUCCGCUAACAAAUGAUAUAGAACAGCUCCGUCCGAAGACUCCAAAUUAG